AAUUAAAAAGGAGGUAUUUAGUAAGGGAAUUAUUCAGAUAAUCAAGGAGUUAGAACUCAAUAAUUGGGACGUUAGUCUAACUGUUUUAAUGCCAGCUAUACCAUCAUGGUUACUACCUCAACCCAGUGUUGAUCUUUCUUUAUUAAAGAAGAUAAAUUCAAGAAAUAACAUGUUUAGUAUACAAACUUAUGUGAACACUUUGAUUCAUGAGAGAUAUGGGUAUUAUGUACAUAUAUUCACUGAUGGGUCAAAAAAUCCAGAGAAUGGAAAAACAAGUUGUGCUUUUUACAUUCCUGAAUUAAAAGUUAAGGUGUUUAAAAGAUUAACUGAUCAUUUGUCGAUUUAUACAGCAGAAAUUAUGGCAAUCAUGUUGGCAUUAUACUGGAUAGAGGAAGUCAAACCCCUGAGAAUACUAAUAUGUUCAGAUUCAAGUGCAGCAUUGACUAGUCUUAAAAAUACGUUAUCUAAAUGUAGGGAGGAUAUUAUGUUAGAAAAUUUAUUAUCAUUAUACCGAGUACGUAAUCUGGGGAUUGAUGUUCAGUUUUUAUGGAUUCCAGCACAUAGUGGCAUUAAAGGGAAUGAGAUGGCAGAUUCGUUAGCUAAGAAGGGGUUGACGAUAAAUGGGGUAGAAGUAAAAGUACCAAUUAGCAAAACAGAAAUCAAAUCGUACAUACGAAGCAAAAUUAAGGUACAGUGGCAAAAAUUAUGGGAUAAUGGAAAUAAAGGAAGACAUUUAUAUGGGAUACAGCAAAAGGUGGGAGAAGAAGAGCCUCUUGGGAAGAGCAGGAGAGAACAGGGGAUGUUUAGUAGAAUUAGGCUAGGGCACACGAGGCUAAAUGCAUCACUGCAUGUUAUUGGGAAGCAUCCAACAGGAAAAUGUGACAUGUGUAGUCAACCAGAAACCAUAGAACAUGUGCUGUUUGAGUAUAUUAAAUAUGCAAGUCAAAGAAUAGAUUUAAGGAAAGGACUGGAACAUGAAGGAAUCAAACAACUGGACAUUAAAAAUAUCUUCUCAAAUAAAUCCAGAAAGACAGUACUUAAAAUCAUGUCAUCUUAUCUUCAACAAACUGGACUAAACCUAAGGAUUUAA